AAAACUUGCAAGUCCAAAAGUCAAAUGCGAAUGGUUAAUGUCCUUAUAUGCAUCAAACAAAGAAAGUUAAGAAAGACAAAGGUACAAUGAGAUCUUCAAUCAUGUUUCUUUGUAUUCUGGUAUACUCAACACUUGCACACAACACGUUAAUCCAAAAGGAAAAUUUAUCAGUUUACGAAAUCCUUAAACAAUAUGAUUUCCCAGUUGGUAUUCUUCCACAAGGUGCCACAAGCUACGAACUAAACGAAAAAACUGGCAAGUUCACAGUGUAUUUUGAUGGAACAUGUAUCUUUGGUAUAAAAUCAUACGAUCUUAAAUACAAGUCAACCAUCAAAGGAGUUAUCUCCAAAGGGAAACUCAGCAAAUUGAAGGGUGUUAGUGUCAAAGUUGAACUCUUGUGGCUCAAAAUUGUGGAGGUCACUCGUCGUGGCGAUGACCUUCAAUUCUCUGUUGGUAUUGCUUCUGCUGAAUUUAGUGUUGAAAACUUUCUAGAGAUUCCUCAAUGUGGAUGUGGAUUUGAUUGCUAUGGUUUUCAUAAAGAUGGUAAUUUUUCUUCUAUUUAGAUUUAUUUUAGUUUUAUUUAAUUUAGGACUCUAUAGCAGAAUGCAGAUCUACUACUUUGUCUAUGCAUUAUUCAGUUGUUAAAAUGAAUAAAAGAUUAUUAGUAUAAAAAAAGAUUAAUUUGGCUAUCAUAUAU